UCAUACGGCGGUGCUUCUGCCGUAUAUAAGUUUGCAUCCAUACCGUCAUUCUCAACACCACUAACCAAGUUCAGAGAGAAACUAUGACCAUUUUCCGACGAAUUUUACUCCGAACAGCUCCGACACGGCGGCGGACAGUCCCCGCCGUCACACAAACCUUAAACCCUCCUCCACGUGCCUGCUCACGUGACCUCCCAAGUCCCCGCCUUCUCUGCCACCGGUGUUUUGAACAGUCGUAUCAUUCCAAUGCGCCCGAAAUUCAGGUGCCGAAAUUUGUGCCAGGCCGGGGCAGUCCUGGUGGGCGGUUUUUCAUGUAUCCGGCUUUUUUGGUUGGUUUGAUUGGACUAGGAGGUCUGGAAGUGGCUUAUGCUGAUGCUGAGGAGGCUGCUUCCAAGCAGGGCAUUCCGGCUGAUGCCCCUGCGAAUAACAACGUGGAGGAGAUCGCCAAGAAACAGAAACGGGAAAUUGAAGAUUUGAUCAAGAGUAAAGGGAUGCGACUUGGUUCUUAUCCCAAUUUUACUGUAUCUGUUAAGGGGCAAAAGGUAACCAUCAAGUUCCAAAUUCCUCCGGCAUGUGAAGCCUCACAAGUGAUUGCAAAUAUUGCUUCUAAUCUUGGCAUCAAAGUGGAAGAGAAAGGUGGUGGUUCAGAUAUAUCAUUACACGCUUGGGACAGUGGAGUUGCUUGGCAACUAUUGCUUAUGCACCCACAGAAACAGAAGAGAACUGGAGGUGAUCGAGGGGAAUUGAAAGAUGUGAAUGAACAUGAUCAAGAUCUGCAAAUCCUCAUUUUCCGUUCAAUCAUUACCUCAACAGAAAAAACUGAAGUUGAAUUUAUGAAGCAAGGCAGUUUGAGUCCCGAAGAGCUUGAUGCUUUGAUAUCUGCUUUACAAUUAGCUGGGGCAAAAAAGAGCUUUGUCCACCAGAAAAGUUCAGCCACAGAACGAGGAGUGCGGGAAGGUAGUGGACAAACAUCAUCGAUAGAGAAAUUGAUAACUAGUAUUGAGUCCAUGGGGGUAAGAGUUUAUGGAGUUGAUGAGCCCAAUGCGAGUUCUACAAACAAAAAUAUUUCGUGGGACAAUCUUGCUGGAUAUGAUCUGCAAAAGCGGCAGAUAGAAGACACUAUAUUACUGGCUUUGCUUAGUCCUGAAAUAUAUGAUGAUAUUGCUCGCGGAACUCGUUGCAAAUUUGAGUCAAACAGACCUCGAGCUGUACUCUUUGAAGGCCCACCAGGUACCGGAAAAACUUCUUCUGCCCGUGUUAUUGCCAAUCAAGCGGGAGUCCCGAUGUUAUACGUGCCCCUUGAGGUUAUCUUAUCAAAGUACUAUGGUGAGAGUGAACGAUUGUUAGGGAAGGUGUUUUCACUUGCUAAUGAACUCCCAGAUGGAGCUAUCAUUUUUCUAGAUGAGGUUGAUUCAUUUGCUAUUUCACGAGAUAGUGAUUUGCAUGAAGCCACACGCAGAGUUUUAUCAGUUUUGCUGCGACAGAUUGAUGGAUUUGAACAGGAUAAGAAAGUGGUUGUAAUUGCUGCGACAAAUAGGAAGCAAGACCUGGACCCAGCCUUGAUCAGUCGUUUUGAUUCAAUUAUCCCAUUUGGCCUACCUGAUCAUCAAAAUCGCAAGGAAAUAGCGGCUCAGUAUGCAAAGCAUCUGACCGAAUCUGAAUUAGAAGAAUUGGCAGCUGUAACAGAAGAGAUGUCCGGAAGGGAUAUCAGGGACCUGUGUCAACAAGCAGAGCGGUCGUGGGCAUCAAAGCUGAUCCGAGGACAAGUACCGACAGACGGAGACCAAAUCCGUCUUCCGCCUCUGCAGGACUACAUUGCUAGUGCCACAAAUCGGCGCAAGGGCUUACUCUGCUCCCCGCCCCAACAAACUCAAAAUUCCAAGUCUGACAUAAAGAAGCCCAGGGUUAUACUCGAUUGAAGUCACUAGAUGAGCUACUGUAGUACAAACUCGUCAGGCUCAAGGCCGCAGCUCCUCCUUUUUCGGAGAGAGGCUUAGACGACUCGUCGUUUUCUUCUUCUUCUUCCUCAGCUCGCUUCCGUUUACGGCUGAGAUGCUCAUUCCUCCGCCGCGAAACCAACGACGCGAUCUGGA